AUUGUAAAUUAGCUAAGCUGAAAUGAAGCAAUAGAAAAAUGGCGACCACGCUGCCGCCGUCGCCGUCGCCGCCUCCGCCGCGGCGCGCCUUCUCGCCGCGCGGCUCGCUGCAGGCAACCCCGGCCCACGCGCGCCACCUGGUCGGCGGGGAGGCCCGGAGGCAUGGCGCCUCCGCGGGCGGGCGAGGCGCUGCCGGCACCGCGGCGGUGUACGCGCGGGAGAUCGGCGCCUGCGUGCGCGCGCGGCGGUGGGGCGCCGCGUGCGAGGCGUUCGUGGCGAUGCGCGCCGCGGGGGCUACGCCCGACAGGUUCCUCCUCCCGCAGGUGCUCCGCGCCUGCGCGGGUGCCGGGGAGACGCGCCUCGCCGCCGCGGCGCACGCACUCGCGGCCAAGGGUGGGCCUGCUUUCGCUGCGGACUCCGUCGUCGGGAACGCGCUCGUCGCCAUGUACGCGGCGCUAGGGGACGUCUCAGCCGCGCGCUCGGCGUUCGCGUCCCUCCCCGAACACGACGUGGUGGCGUGGACCGCUCUCAUCGGCGCCUACGCCGACGCCGGGGACCUGGGAGAGGCCUUCGAGCUGUUCGAAUCGAUGCAAGAGAGCGGCGUGCGGCCGGAUGUGAUUUCGUGGAACACGCUGGUGUCGGGGUUUGCAAGAAAUGGUGACCUCCGAGCUGCGCAGCACCUGUUUGACGAAAUGAGGCUUAGAGGUGUCAAGCCAGGUGUCAAUUCUUGGAACUGCAUCAUCUCAGGUUGUGUGCAGAAUGCACGGUAUGACGAGGCUUUGAGCAUUUUUUGUGAGAUGUGCGAAAGCGAGAGACCCGAUGCGGUGACUGUGGCUAGUAUACUCCCUGCUUGCACUGGCUUGAUGGCACUGGGCAUUGGAAAGCAGCUGCAUUCUUAUGUUAUACGAUGUGGAAUCAAAUUGAAUGUUUACAUUGGCUCUUCAUUGAUAGGAAUGUACUCUGAAUGUGGAGAGUUUGGUUAUGCGAGAAGUGUGUUUGCAGCCAUUGAGGAGAAGAAUGCCAUUGUGUGGAAUGAAUUGAUUCGGUCCUAUAUCAGUGAGGGGAGGAUGGAUGAGGCCUGGGAGGCUUUUAGCUUGAUGCAGGAGAAUGGAUUGCGUCCCGAUACUGUCACAUAUAAUAGCUUCAUUGCUGCAUAUGCUAGAGCAGGUCAGAGAGAACAAGCAUAUACACUGCUGUCAAAUAUGGUUGAAAUUGGCUUGAAGCCUAAUGUGGUCUCAAUGAAUGCAUUAAUAUCCGGUUUGCAUCAUAAUGGCCAUCAUGCAGAUGCACUGGAUGCUUUCCGAUACUUGCAGCUCUCGGAUGGUGGAGAAGCAAAAGGCUGGGCAUUACCUGGCAAUCCAAUUCAACCAAAUGGUACAACCAUUACUAGUGUCCUCUCACUUUUGACAGAUCUCAGGUUAGAUCGUCUUGGGAAGGAAGUACACUGCUAUGCUUUACGGAGUGGUUUGAUUUCAAACAUAUUUGUUUCUAGCAAACUGGUUGACCUUUAUGGUAAGAGUGGUGAUGUGGUCACUGCUGAUAAAGUCUUCCAAAGAAUCAGUAACAAGAAUGUUGUCACAUGGAACAGUAUAGUAGCAUCCUACAGGCAAAAUGGGAAGCCAGAAAUUGCUUUGAAAUUGUUCCAUGAAAUGCUCAAAUCCGAUUUACUUCCCAACUUGGUUACAUUACAGAUAGCUCUUUUGUCUUCUGGUAUGACUAUGGCAUUGCAGUAUGGGAGAGAAGUGCAUGGUUACAUUAGGAAGAACUGGCCCGACGCUUACCCAACUGCACUUGCAAGCGCAUUUAUAGAUAUGUAUGGGAAAUGUGGUAAGAUUGAGGCUGCUAGAUUGGUUUUCGAAUGCACCGCUGAAAAGGAUAUAGCAACAUGGAAUGCAAUGAUGAGUGCCUAUUUGCUACAUAGGAUGCCUAGAGAGGUUACAAAUUUGUUCAAGUAUAUUGAACAAUCUGGAAUUCAACCAGAUCCUGUGACUUUCAUUAUACUUCUUUCAGCUUGUAAGCAAGAAGGUUCCAUGGAGGAAGCUCGUAGAUAUUUCUACAGUAUGGAAGACGUAUAUGGCAUACAACCAACUUUGAAACACUAUACCUGCAUGGUUGACAUCAUGGGAACAGCUGGUUUACUUGAGGAGUCACUAGAACUUAUCGAGAAGAUGCAACUUGAACCGGAUGGAUGCCUAUGGUCUACUGUUCUUAAAGCCUGUAAGCUGCACUCAAAUCUGGAGAUUGGAGAAAGGGCUGCAAAGGCGCUUAUGGAGCUUGAGCCAAAUAAUGCUUCAAAUUACAUGUCACUGUCCAAUAUCUAUGCCAACAAUGGCCUGUGGGACUCCACUGAGGCUGUGAGGGUUGCUAUGACAGAACAGGGGUUAAAUAUAGAGAGACAACGUAGCUGCUUGUAUCUUGGUACAGCUGUGCAUGCAUUUGAGGCUGGAGAUUUCUCACACCCUGCAUUCGAGCAGAUUUUGAGUACAUGGAAGGACUUGUCUGAUAGGAUGGAACAAUCAGGGUAUCCUCCUCAAGAUGUUGAGCCCUACUGUAAUUCGGAAGCCGAUCCAUUGUCAUGCCAACACACCGAGAGGGUUGCGUUGUGUUAUGGGCUAAUUGCCAUGCAUGCUCAUGACCCAAUUCGUAUCUCAAAGAAUUUUAGGAUGUGCAUGGAAUGCCAUUCAACAAUCAAGUUUAUAUCAAGCGAUAUGAACCGGGAAAUAUUUGUUUCAGAUGGUUGCACCUAUCAUCACUUUCAGAAUGGAUCAUGCAGCUGUGGAGAUAUGUGGUAAAUUGAAGUCAGUUUAACACAGAAAUACUGGCCCUGUAUGGCCAAGAUUGCAUUUAACUACCCAAAUAUCUUAUGAUGGUUAAAAGAGACUGAACAGCAACCAAGCUAAAUUCUUUCCAAUCGACCUUCUUGAAGCACUCCAUGGUCUCCUAUAUUUUAUAUCGGCUUGGCCCUUGAGACCGAUGCUUGCAAAUAUGAUGGUCGAUGUGCUUCAGGGGAAACUGGAGGCUCGGAGCUCUUGCAAAGAUCACAGAUUGCAUCUAAAAUAGGAGUUAGAAUGCAGUUGUCCCAAUGGAGAAGGUGCAACCCUGGUCAGAAUUAAUCGGAAGAAAGCGUUGGUCGGGAUUUUGUUGCAGCUAUGGAAAGUGCGUAUGAACUAUGCAAAUAUCCUAUAUAUCAUGCACAUGGAUUUUAUGUGGACAGGGUGAGAGCAGUCUUGCACUUCAGCUGAUGAUUUCCAGGCAGCUAUUAGCCCGGGUGUUAUUGAACUUUUGAAGCUAUAAUUCAUCAUUUACAUGGUGAAUAGCUCCUUACCCGCCAAUUUUAAUUUUGUCACCAUUUGUGGGGGUACAAAACCAUCCUUUACCAAAGUAGCAAUGAACAAAUGAAAGUUUUAUCUGUC